AUCUUACUUUAGUUAGAGCAGCCACGGCAAAGGCGAGGAUCUCAUCCUUGCAAGCUACGUUGGAGAAAGUUGGCGGGGUCAGGACAGGGUACUUGAGGAUUUUUUCGUGAGCCGUCGCACCACGACCAACCGACAUUGUCCAGUCCCCAUCAACGUCCAAUUGGCUCCCUUACGAGCUGAUUUAUGACAUUAACGAAAAAGGAAGGCAAUGCUGUGUUCGGCCCUUUUCUUCUCUGUUUCACCCAUAAACGGAAAGAGUAUUUUAUUUAGGUUCUUAGCCGAGGAACUUGCUUUUAGUUAGGGCCGGGACUCGAACGAGGAAAAUGCAGCUGCCAGUUGCUAUAGUGGAACAUCUGGGGUAGUUGGUUGUAGUAGGUAGGAUACGUAGCCCUCGAUGUGGUAAUACGUCGCUGAUUACAUGGUAGUUAAUCCGAGCAUCACGCGCGCUACAUUUGUGCGCGAAUUCGGUGGGUGAUAAUGAACAUCGGUCAUGGAUGUACAAGUGGAGUAAAAGAUGGAUGGGGUACAAGAUCCCGAGUCGCCUUCAUUUUCCUAGCUUUUUUUUUCUGUUUCCUUCCCAUCGACGUUGUGGCAUAGCGAGCAACCUCAAUAUGUCGACAGAUAUCACCGACCGAAAGGAUGCAACGCUCGAGGACAAGCAAAUCGAUGAGACGUUCGCUGUCGGUGAGAAGGUUGCGGCUGACAAGGCAGACGUGCUACAUUCCGAUGUCUUGAUUAACCAGCAACUUAUGGACGAUGCUGUCGACGGCGAGAACCGCGAACACGAGAUGAGCAUGUUGGCUGCGGUCAAACAAUACCCCUGGGCUUGCUUUUGGGGGUCUGUAAUGUGCUUCACCAUCGUCAUGGAGUCGUUUGAUAUGUUCCUGAAUGGAAAUUUUAUUGUGAUUGACGCGUUUAAAGAGCGUUAUGGUGUCUGGGUCGAGGGAGACGGUUGGACUAUCGAAACUAAAUGGCAGAGUGCCCUCUUUCAAGCUGGGCAAUGCGGUGCUUUUGUCGGUGUCUUUUUGGCUGGUCCCAUCACUAACCGCAUUGGCUACCGCUGGACUACUAUGAUGGGCCUGAUUCUCAUGAACGCCACGAUCUUCGUUUCCUUUUUUGCCAACUCGCUUGCCCUGCUUGUGGUAGGGCAGGCGUUAGAGGGUGUUCCUUGGGGACUCUUCAUUGCAAAUUCCCCCGCCUACGCUAGCGAAAUUGUUCCUCUUGUCCUUCGCGGAGCCUGCACAGCUACUUUGCAAACGAGUUGGUCUAUUGGAUCAAUUAUUGUCGCUGGCGUCACGUACAGCUUCAAUCAGCAAAAGGGUGAGUGGUCGUGGAGAAUACCUCUUGCCCUGCAGUGGAUCUUCCCUACCCCCCUCUUGAUCCUUAUCUUUUUCGCCCCCGAAUCCCCCUGGUGGCUUGUUCGUCACGGACGCAAAGAGGAGGCACUUCGCUCCAUCAAGCGCCUUGGCAGCGGAUCUGAAGACCAUGCUCUACAAUCACUUGCCAUGAUGGAACGAACUGUUGAGAUCGAGAACUUGGCAGGUGGUUCCCCUACUCUCCUCGAUCUUGUUAAGGGCACCGAUUUAAGGCGAACCAUUAUCACCUGCUUGAUCUACGCGUCACAAAACUUUGCUGGCAACCUGAUUGCGAACCAGGCCACUUUUUUCUUCACACAGGCUGGGAUUGACACCGACAAGGCAUUCCAGCUCAACCUCAUCAAUGCGUGUCUUCAAUUCAUUGCUAACAUACUCGCGUGGCCUCUUACCAACUGGUUCGAUCGCCGAGCCAUCUAUCUCUAUGGCACAGCCACCAACGUCACCCUCCUCUUUCUCCUCGGUAUCUGUGCGUCUAUCUCACAAAGCUCGGCAACCAACUACGCCCAGGCUGUUCUAGGUAUAGCUAUCUCCUUCAUUUACGCCCUUGCUAUCGGACCGAUCUCUUACACCAUUAUCGCGGAGACAUCAUCCGUUCGCCUUCGUGCUUUGAGUACCGGUGUCGGUCGUGCCGCCUACUAUGUCGCUGAGAUCCCCAUGAUCUAUCUCUCAUCGCAGAUGCUCAACCCAACAGGGUGGAACUUGGCAGGAAAGUGCGGUUAUAUCUGGGGCAGUACUGCUUGCGUCUGCUUCGGUAUGGCUUUCUUCUUCCUACCUGAGCUCAAGCAUCGCUCCUACCGCGAGAGCGAUAUCUUGUUCAACCGCAAGGUUCCAGCUAGAAAGUUCAAGUCGACCAUCAUUGACCCUAAGGAUAACGAGUAAGGUGUGGUAAUCGGCAAAAUUGACACUAUACUUUGUGAGAUUCAGUGUCGUGGCGACUGCGAAGAGAGUCUUCUUAGAUUCGGAGGAGGCCGGAAUGUUUUAGAGCAUUGAGGGGCUUGUAUAGUCUAUCUCUAGAGGCGAAGCGACAUCUGGGAUGUGCCGGCUAUUAUAUUAGCUACUGUUGCUCCAGUGGGUCAUAUUUAUAUCCUUCUUUAGCACUAUAUGAUUAGUGCCGGUGGCUAGUGGCUGUGAUUUAAAGAGAUACCCUGGGAAUCUGUAUUCUAGAGCGUGGUUAAUAUAUGGAUGU